AUGAAUUAAUUUUCUAACUAAUAUUUAUAAGGAACUCAACGAAAGUAUGUGCGCCUCUUCGUUAGCACUGAACAAAAGAAGUUUAUAGCCACAGUUGAUUCAUUUGAAUAGAACCUUUCAGAAUAGAUUGCUAAUUCUUAUGCCUGUGCAUGCGAAUAAUUCCAAUCGGAAUCAUGCUCAAACAGAUACUUAGUGACUAAUAUUAGAUAAAAUGGAUUUAGUGUAAUUAUUCCUAAGGAGUUAAAUAUUGGUUAAGUUUUAAAUGAUUAAUCUUAUAUCACAUGUAAGAUUUGCAAGGAAAAAAACAAAAAUAAGAAAAUGAACAAUUAUCAAAAUUCUGAUAAGAAAACAAAAAAGACUCUAAAAGAGUCAGAGAAGAUAGAAAAUAAUCUUCCAGAUAUCUCUCCUCCCAAAAUUUUAAUUUAAAGCAAUAUACCUUUAACAGAAAAAAGAGAAGAAAAAAAUUAAGGAAACCAAAAAAAGAAAAUCAAAAGAAAAAAGAAAAAAAAUUAAUAAAUUCAAAACUAAUCGAAAUAGAUAAUAAGUGGAGUACAACAAAAUAAUUAAAUUGAGCAAAAUAUGUUUAAUGAUAUACUUUAAGGAGGAGUUUCAUAGUAAAAGGAGAAGGCAAUCGAUAAAAAUCAAAAUAUAAACUUAAAUGAAAGGAUAGACAAUAUUUAUUGCGAUGAUUUGAUAUCAUAUGAUAAAGAUACAAAAUAAUAAGCUAAAAAUAUUAAUAUCUAUUAGCAAGAUUAAAAGAAAAAUGAUUAAAAAUUAAAUUAGGAACUAACAAUAGUAGAAAAAUAAGAUGCUAAUAAUAAAAAAAACAAUUUAUAAGUUAAUAAUAAUAUAGUGAUUAGUAAUGAAAGUAAUCGAUUAUUAAAGGAUACAUUAGAAUACUUUUAAGACUCUUUGAAUAAUUCAAAAGAAAUGCUUAAAGUUCCUAAUUCUUCCUUUCAAACUAACUUAGAGCACACUACUAGAUAUAAAAAAUAAUAAAAGUAACACUAAAAUAAUCUGAAGUAAUAAUAAUAGCUAUCAACUGGGUAAUUAACAUAACAAUAGAAGUAGAAUGAUAUUGUAAUUUAAAAUGCUAAUCAAAGUAAUAAUAAUAUUCAUAAAAAUAAUACUAGGAAAAAUAAAAAGAAAGGUAAAAAUGAUGAUAUUUGA